CAUGGUGCUUGGACAACAGCAAAUCGCCAACCUGCCUGGAGAUAUUUUCUUAGGAGGCCUGUUCCCGGUUCAUAAGAAGAGCGAUAACCCGGGGACACCGUGCGGACCUAUUCAGGGAGAACGAGGCAUACAGCGCCUAGAGGCCAUGUUCUUUACUCUGGAAGAGAUCAAUAACAAGCAGGACUUACUGCCGAACAUAACUUUGGGCGCUAGGAUAAUAGACACCUGCUCCAGAGAUACUUAUGCUGUGGAACAGUCAAUGGACUUUAUAAGAGCUUCAAUGCGCUCUUUCUCUUGCGGGCAGUCGGAUGCUCAGCCAGUUGCUGCAGUAAUUGGAGGAAGUUAUAGCAGCGUAUCCAUUCAGGUCGUGAACGAAAGAAAAUAA